AUGUGCUGCUUUUAUAAUGAUGUCGAUUCAUCUUCCCCCGGAGCGACCGGAAUCUCGCCCAGAUACCCUGUCGACUGUGCCGUUUCGCACGACCCAGACUUUGUCAGUCGCGAUGGACUCAUUGUACAAAUUCACGAGAAAGCCUCGAUCACGGGGUCUAGAGUAGUUCUGGUCGGUCUCGGCGGCGUUGGGAAAACGCAACUUAUCCAUGCGAGCAACGCGGCCCGCUGCGAGAAAAGUCUCCGCGACCUUGCCGACCGAACAAAGAUUCCCGGGCGGCAGGACUACAGCGCCAACAUUCUGCAGGCGAUGGAGAUUAGCAAGACCAAACUUGGCGAGGAUCAUCCCUCCACGCUAACGAGCAUGGCCAACCUGGCGUCGACGUAUUGGAAGCAGGGCCGAUUGAAGCAAGCUGAGAAGGUCUUUGUGCAAGUUAUGGAGAUUUGCAAGACCAAACUUGGCGAGGACACCCCCCAACACGCUGACGACCAUGGCCAAUCUUGGUUUUAUUUGGAAGUCUUCCGGCAAAGCUACGGAUGCCAUUAA